AUGUACACCCCAGCUGAUCAAACGACAAAGUACACGGGGAAUCAGGCAGAUGGCAAUUCAACCAACCAUUACGGCCACAAUAUCACAAACAACUAUUACCAGGGCGGACCGAACGCCGACGAGUGCCUCCGCGACCUGCGGGUGACGGACCCGCGGGAAGACCGGGCGCGUAUCGAAGGCGACAAGGACAGGCUGCUCCGAGACUGCUACGCCUGGAUACUGGACGAUGACAGCUUCCAGCGAUGGAGGACGCAUGACGAGGCGCGGCUGCUGUGGAUCAAGGGCGACCCGGGCAAAGGCAAGACAAUGAUGACGAUGGGUGUGAUUGAUGAGCUCUCGCGACCUAAACUGUCGCAUGAGGCCUUACUAGAAGCACCCGUGCUCAGCGAUAACUCCACGCCCUUGUUGUCCUUCUUCUUCUGCCAGAACACAGUUCCCGCCCUGAACAAUGCGGUGUCAGUCCUUCGAGGGCUCAUCUACAUGCUCGUUAAGCAGAGAGAUGGCCUUCUGCGAUACGUGUAUGAGGAGUACAAGACUGCGGGCAAGCAGCUAUUUAUUGGUCACAAUGCCAUCUACUCGCUGCGAAGCAUCCUGUUAAGCAUCCUCAACGACGCCUCUCUACCACCGACGUACCUGCUUAUUGAUGCACUCGACGAGUGCAAGUCCGGUCUGCCAGAGUUGCUGCGCAUUUUCACUGACACUAGCCUCCGACAGCAGUCAAGGGUCAAAUGGCUGGUGACAAGCCGCAAUACACUAGAGAUCGAGCAGCGGCUACAGCCAGACGUGGCAGGCAUUAAAGUUAGCCUGGAGGUUAGUGCCGACUAUGUGUCGAAAGCGGUGGCAGUGUUUGUGCAGUAUAAAGUGCACCAGUUAGCGACCGUACGCGCGUAUAACCCCAGGCUACAAGCAGAAGUGCAGCAGCAGCUCCGCGACAAGGCAGAAGGCACUUUCUUGUGGGUGUCGCUGGUGUGCAAAGAGCUAGAGGGCGUCCCACUCUACCGCACGCGAGAGGUGCUGCAGGCACUACCGCCAGGACUUGAUCCGCUGUACGAGCGGAUGAUGGGGCAGAUCGCAGGGCAGGAUACAAAGACUGCAGAGUACUGCAGGGACAUUCUUCGGUCGAUCACGCUCGCUUUCCGGCCGUUACAGCUUAGAGAGCUCGCCGUAGCUGCAGGCCUUCCUAGAGACCAGUUUGGCAACGUGCAAGCAGUCGCUGACCUUGCUAGCCGUUGCGGCUCGUUUCUGACUGUGCGCGAUGGGAUUGUAUCUUUCAUCCACCUAUCUGCGAAAGACUUCUUUACCACAGGCAGCCGCCAGCAGGUGUUUAGUGGCCCACUAGAAGAAGAGCAGAAACGAAUGACCUACCGCCUACUAGACGCAAUGGACAGCACUCUGCGGAGAGACAUGUGUAGCUUACAGAAGCCAGGUAUGCGAAUACAGGAGGCGACAGGCCACAUCCAGGGUAGCUGUGUGCCGCAGAUAGCGUACGCAUGCGAGUACUGGGUGGAGCAUCUGCAGGCAGGCGAACACGCUUGCAGCGAUAUACUGGCAGACGGGGGUAAAGUGCACAGCUUCUUUCAGAAGCACUUGCUGCACUGGCUAGAGGCAAUGAGCCUGCUGCAAAAGAUGCUAGAAGCUAUAUUGGCGCUGCAGAAGCUAGAAGCGACCCUUGAUGUAACAGAAAGCACGACAGUGUCGAACGUCGUGCACGAUGCGCUAAGGUUCGCGAUGUGGAGCGGAUCUGGGAUCCAAGAAGCGCCGCUACAAGUAUACUACAGUGCGUUAGUGUUUGCACCUAAACGAAGCAUUGUCCGCCGUUAUUUUCAACAGGAGAUGCCUAAGGAAGUGCAGGUGAAGUGUGGGCUAGAGGAAGACUGGGGACCUCUACUAAAGACGCUCGAGGGCCAUACGAGCGGUGUUACUAGCGUGGCCUUCUCAGCAGCAGGAGAUCGACUAGCAUCCGCUUCACACGAUGGGACGGUGCGAGUGUGGGAUGCGAAGACUGGCCAGCCGCUGCACACGCUCAAGGGCCAUACCCGCGGUGUCAACAGGGUGGCCUUCUCAGCAGCAGGAGAUCGACUGGCAUCCGCUUCAGACGAUAAGACGACGGUCAAACUAUGGGAUGUAGGCACAGGUACAUUAACGCAGACGCUUGCGGACCAUUCAGACAGUGUUUGGGCAGUAGCCUUCUCGCCGGACGGGAAGUGGCUAGCAUCAGCGUCACGGGACAAGACAGUCAAGCUUUGGGAGGCAGACACAGGCGCGGUGGUGUACACCCUCACAGGCCAUUCAGGUAUCGUCAGCGCAGUGGCCUUCUCGCCAGACGGGAAGGUGCUGGUAUCGGCAUCACAUGACGGGACGGUCAAUCUGUGGGACGUAGGAACAGGUGCAUUAAGGCAGACGCUUGAGGGCCAUUCAGACAGUGUUUGGGCGGUAGCCUUCUCGCCAGACGGCAAGCGGCUAGCAUCAGCGUCGCGGGACAAGACAGUCAAGCUUUGGGGGGUAGACACAGGCGCGGUGGUGUACACCCUCACAGGCCAUUCAGAUAUCGUCAGCGCAGUAGCCUUCUCGCCAAACGGCAAGGUGCUGGUAUCGGGAUCACAUGACAGGACAAUUAAGAUGUGGGAGGUAAGCACGGGUGUGUUACUGGGGACACUUGAUGGUCAUGAAUCCUUUGUCAGGGCAGUGGCCUUCUCGCCUGACGGCGAGGUGCUAGCGUCGAUAUCAUACGACAAGGUUCCAACUACCCAGGUACCACACGGUAAGAUGUCAUACAACGAGGUAGUCAAGUUAUGGGAUUCCAGUACGAGAGGGUUGCUGCAGACGCUCAAGGGCCAUUCAGACAAGCCCAGCGCGACAGCCUUCUCGCCUGACGGUGAGUGGAUGGAAUACCAAGGCUCCAAAGAACUGUGGCUUCCGCCAGAGUAUAGAGCCACUUGCGUGGCUACCGGAAAUAACAUCCUUGCAUUAGGACAUGCGUCGGGUCGAGUCACAUUUAUUAAAUCAAGC